UGUUGGCGCCGUAAAGGCAGUGCUCUGCAAUGCACCACAAAAGUGUGUGGAGGUUUGCUCCGCGAGAGCUGGCGCAAUGGUAAGCAAACUUUUGCAGCCACUUUCUUAGCUAUCAGCGCCUUCGCAGCGCGAGUCCUGUCGUCGUAAACAAUUUAUGCGGUGAGCUUGGCCGCUGCCAGUUUUGUGGUCCAGCACCUGCGCGCAGCCUGCUUGGCUGGCGCGCCGUCUGCCUGCGCACAGAUUGAUCGGACCUCUACAAAACGAUCAGCGGACCGCGAAAUAGCUCACCAAUUGCUAACUUGACGAAUUACACGGCGGCGGACACGUAGCAGGCGCCAGACCACCACACCUCUGUGCUGCACGCCAUCGACGCGACUGCUCGACGGCGUGGCGGAGUAAGCAGACAACACGCCAUGUUACUGCGGUCUCUGCUUUUGGUCGUGGCAUCAUACACGUACGACGCGAGUGCCGCAUUGCUCGGCGACCGAAUCUCGUAUCUCGCGUACGGCUCCAACCUCCACCCAGCCGUGUUCGAACGCCGACGAGGCAUCAAACCCCUCGCGAUGUCGCCGGCCGUCGCGCCCGGCUGGCGCCUCGCGUUUGAUUUGAGAGGCGGCGGCGCAGAACCGUCAUUCGCGUCAGCGAGACCGGACGCGCGGCGAGAGCUCUACGGCGCGCUCUACGAUCUGACGCCGUCUGACUGGGCGCGCGUUUGUGCGUCGGAGGGCGUCCCGUUCGGCUACGUCGUAUGCCCUGUCCGCUGUCGGAAACUCGACGACGGCGAGUACGAAUGGGGUUACACGCUCGCCGCCGCGCCGGGACCAAUGCGAAUUGCGAACGAGGCCGACGAGCCGGUACCGAGCGAAAGGUACCUCGGCUACCUCCGCGAAGGCGCGCGAUUGUCUGGCCUGCCCGACUCCUGGUGCAGCUAUCUCGAUGACAUGUCGCGCGACCCCACAGCACCGCUGCCCAUCCCGGCGGAGGAUACGGCCUGGGCGAAGGGGCGAAAGUAAUUGUUUUGUGAGACG